UUAAAGCGAUGCUUGUGUGUGUGCUUCAACAGGUGUGUGGGCGAGGCUGGCGGCAGUAUGAAGGAACGUAAGGGUGAGUCUAUCUUCAACUUCCGCCGCUGCAACAACCGCUACUCCCUCCACCUGGAGAAGACCAAGAAGGAGGCGGCGGAGGUGCAACUCAAGCGUGCCUCCUGGUCUUCCUUCCCUCUCCUCCGUUUCGCUGCCUUCGAUGAUCGAGGCAGCAGCAGCCAGCUGACUUCUAAAAGCCUCAGCACUGAGGACAUCAAACAGCAGCAACAGCAGCAGCAGCACAAGCACAUCAGCACCCCUAAAAUCGGUUGUAGCUUCUUGAGGGGUUCCACUGCUAGCUUCCGCCACGCCUUCUCCAGUUCCUCGUCGAGCCCCAGUUCCAGGAGCACUGGGUCAAGUGGCAAGAGUUCAAUCACAAGCAUACUGGAGGGUUCAGUGAGUGAGAGUCAGUACGACUCCAGCAGUACCGUGGAGGACGUCCCUCCAUACCUGCCCUCCCAUGGAUGGCAGCACCACCAUCACCUUCCCAACACUCCUCACCCACACACCAUCACCACCAAGUCAUCUUCAGUACCCUCACUCUUCCACAUGCACGACGACGGGGAGGUCCACACGUCACCCAAAAUUCUCUAUGCCCACAAAAAGACCCCAGACGUGCAAAGGAAGUCUAGAAAACAGCUGGUACAGGAGCUAGAGUUCGUCAAGAAGAACGGCACCUUGCCAGAGGACUUGGAGAUAAAACCAGUGAUUGCGAGUGAAGGGAAAGAAAAUAUAAUACCCAAAGUGGAGCCAAAACAGGUGGUGGCAGGGAAGCCAAGAUCAAGCUUCAGAUUUAUGCAGAGCUACAGACUGCUAGGCAAGCACGACAAGAAGACGACACCAAUGGAGGCGAGCAAGAAGACCAGUCCGGCAGGAAGUGUCCCGAGGGAGAGUUAUCUAGCUUCAGCGGACGCCAGAGAGCGCAUCUGUGAUAGCAUCCAGGAGCACAACCACCUCACACUGGUAGCACCCACCUCCACUACUGUCAACACACGCGCCUUAACCCAACACACUACCCCUCCCACCUACACACUCACAGAUUUCAUCAACACAGAAUUAGGCGGCUUCUACCUGAAUAACGAAGAUUUGGGAUUCGAAGUAUACAACAAGGAUUUAGAUACCACGAGAUCAGCACUCGACAUUUACAAUACAGAUUUCGCAGUUACUGACGCCAGCUUAGGAGUGGUCAACACACAAGUGAAUCUCAGAGUGGCAGAUCCGUAUUUAGGAGAGAAUGAUGAGGUGAACAGUGGAGUGAUCAACACCAGAUAUGAUGUGUUUAGCCCUGUGGGCGACAUUGUCGAAGCCAGAAAUUCAGCGUUAAUAGACACUGAUGUGAUAGGAGAUAGAAGCAGGACAUUGUGUGUUGAUGGAGUGAUUACCACGUCUCUCAGAGAAGACCAAACACUCCCUGAUGAUAACACUACGGGUAUCGGCCAGGAAUUCACAAACUCUGAGAACAUCGCGACCAGCACGAAUAUCACGAACCCUGACGAACACAACGCGAAUUUCCACGUAAUCAGCGACACGAUCGAGGAGGAGGCGGAGGACAGCGAGUGUGACUUGAGUGAGUUUCUAGUGCACGCGGAGGACAGUAGCUGCUUUGAGAGGAGGCUGGAGGACAAGCUGGAGGCCCUCUCUGAGGCAGGCGACUCUGAGAUGAAUUACGAGGCCAGGGAAACCAUGGCCACCUCAGCAGCAGCUGCUGAGAGUGGCCAAGAUCACUCCAAGAAGACUGAACUGAAGCUCAACCUUGUCAAACCUCAGAAUAAGCUUAUCAUUCAGGUGUGCAGGUCACGAGUGCUGAGACACAUCUCUGAGGAAGCUGAGAGUGGUGCUAGUGGUGGGGAGGAGGAGGUGGAGCUGAAGUCUCCCUCCAGGACCUCCAGCACUUCUACCUCAGCAUCCAGGACUCCCACUACCCCCAGGAGUCCAGCCAUCGAUAUUGACGAUGUGUUCCAGCAGAAACAACGAGAGAUCAUGCAGGGCACUGACGACAUGUCUAGAGUCCGGGACCUAGCUACUAGACUAAAAUUAUCGACGCGUCGACCCUCGUACUUGGAGUGGAUGGGAAUGAUCAAGCAGCGAGCUGAGGAAAUGGGUGAGGUUCUGGAGGUACAUACUCCAAGGGUGCUGGAGGAAGGGCAGAAGGAGGAGGAACUCUCUCCUGAGAAACGCAAGGAUAACCUCCAGAGUGCCAUGAUCUGGCUCAGGAAGGAGCUGUGCAUUUUCAGAGACACGUUUUCUCCUGUACUUCGUGACAUCGGCGUCACCAGGAUGAACAUCACCAGCCGCCGCUUCUCACUCAGGUGAGAGGCCAGGAUACAUCAUCCUAGCACACUGUGUGGCUCCUCAACCAUCCUUCACACUGAGGUGAGAGGCCAAGAUAUCAUCCUAGCACACUGUGUGGCUCCUCAACCAUCCUUCACACUGAGGUGAGAGGCCAGGAUAUCAUCCUAGCACACUGUGUGGCUCCUCAACCAUCCUUCACACUGAGGUGAGAGGCCAGGAUAUCAUCCUAGCACACUGUGUGGCUCCUCAACCAUCCUUCACACUGAGGUGAGAGGCCAAGAUACCAUCCUAGCACACUGUAUGGCUCCUCAACCAUCCUUCACACUGAGGUGAGAGGCCAGGAUAUCAUCCUAGCACACUGUGUGGCUCCUCAACCAUCCUUCACACUGAGGUGAGAGGCCAAGAUACCAUCCUAGCACACUGUAUGGCUCCUCAACCAUCCUUCACACUGAGGUGAGAGGCCAGGAUAUCCUAGCACACUGUGUGGCUCCUCAACCAUCCUUCACACUGAGGUGAGAGGCCAAGAUACCAUCCUAGCACACUGUAUGGCUCCUCAACCAUCCUUCACACUGAGGUGAGAGGCCAGGAUAUCCUAGCACACUGUGUGGCUCCUCAACCAUCAUCCUCAAUACCAAGAACAACAUAACAUCGUCAGUAUUGUUGACUUCCUCCACGGCUUCCAUGGAGUAGCCAGUGGAAUAACGAGUUAAGUGACGAGUGGAAUAACAAGUAACUAGUUAAGUAACGAGCGGAAUAACGAGUUAAGUAACGAGCAGAAUAACGUGUUAACUAACGAGCGGGAAUUACGAGUUAAGUAACGAGCAGAAUAACGAGUUAAGUAACGAGUGAAGUAACGAUCGGAAUAACGAGUUAAGGAACGAGAGAAAUAACGAACCUUCAACAGAGUACAGGUUCAUCAGUUGUUAUAUAAUCACAUAACAUAAAAUAUACAACUACUAUCUGAUAAGUAUUUAUGCGUGUAUAGUACAAGAAAUAUACACCUGGUGAUGUAGCUUCACUGAGAGUCUCAUACUACCAUGAAGAAUCAUGUAUGAUACAAGUAAUGUUCCUGGUGACGUAGCUUCACUGAGAGUCUCAUACUACCAUGAAGAAUCAUGUAUGAUACAAGUAAUGUUCCUGGUGACGUAGCUUCACUGAGAGUCUCAUACUACCAUGAAGAAUCAUGUAUGAUACAAGUAAUGUUCCUGGUGACGUAGCUUCACUGAGAGUCUCAUACUACCAUGAAGAAUCAUGUAUGAUACAAGUAAUGUUCCUGGUGACGUAGCUUCACUGAGAGUCUCAUACUACCAUGAAGAAUCAUGUAUGAUACAAGUAAUGUUCCUGGUGACGUAGCUUCACUGAGAGUCUCAUACUACCAUGAAGAAUCAUGUAUGAUACAAGUAAUGUUUUUUACCCUGUGUUUUACCCUGGAGUAUAUCUGCCUAGGUGACCUUGGAGUAUAUCUAGGUGACCCUGGAGUAUAUCUGCCUAGGUGACCUUGGAGUAUAUCUAGGUGACCCUGGAGUAUAUCUGCCUAGGUCACCCUGGAGUAUAUCUGUCUAGGUGACCCUGGAGUAUAUCUGUCUAGGUAACCCUGGAGUAUAUCUGUCUAGGUGACCCUGGAGUAUAUCUGUCUAGGUGACCCUGGAGUAUAUCUGCCUAGGUGACCCUGGAUUAUAUUUAGGUGACCCUGGAGUAUAUUUAGGUGACUUUGGAGUAUAUCUGCCUAGGUCACCCUGAAGUAUAUUUUGUCUAUGUCACCCUGUAAUAUAUCUGCCUACGUCACCCUGGAGCACAUCUGUCUAGGUCACCCUAAAGUAUAUCUGUCUUGGUCACCUGGAGUAUAUCUGUCUAGGUCACCUUGUAGUAUAUCUGUCUAGGUGGCCCUGGAGCAUAUGUGACUAGGUCACCUGGAAUAUAUACACCUCAAAGGGUCAUCUACCUUUGGCUAGAUGUCUCGAGUACACAAGACAAUCAAGCAUUAAUUUCAAUUAACCUGUUUACAAAACACUAUCAUUACCCAGUAAUUAGUAAUCCAAGACAAUUAUUCACAUAUCUUCUGUGCUUAUUUACAAGUUUGUGCUCGUUAUGGGUGUAAAAAUAAAAAUGGAAAAUAUAAGAGAAUUCUCAUUAUAUACACACAUUAUUUUUACUGAUAUUAAGAGUUACCCAACAUACUGGAGUGUGAGUUAAUACAAAUCAAACGAGACAGAAGAAUUUUUUUUUUUUAAAUAAACUAAUACAUUCUGAUUCGAUGGUGUUAGUGAUGCUACGAGAAAUUACAAUAAUGUAAUAGCUGUUGAUAUUACUAUCAGUUAGUUGGACUUGUCGUGUGGAGGUGGGAAGCUGAGAGAUUGUGAAGACUGUCUGGGGAUGUUAC